CAGUAUACAAGCCUGUGAUGAGAUGCGACAAACGAAAUCAGACUUCACAUAUGACUUACUCCAUACCAGUGACAACCACUCCCUGGUUCUACAAAUAAAAAGUUGUGACUUUACUUUCACCAUUGUUUCAUCAAUCAAGCACAAGUCCUGAUAAGCUCAUUUCACGCCCGAUAACGACAUAAAAGAGCUGUACUGACGAAUAUCGAGGUUGUCGGCGACCAAGAUGCCUACGUUUGAAGUCGGAGACCAUACGCUCGAUUGUAGGACAUCAUGCGAUAGUUGCAGUACCGGCUGCAGUGAGCGACCAGUCAGCGAUAUUGAGGACCUCGACAAAAACCAACUGCUUGAGCUACUCAGGACUAAAGAUAAGGUUCUGAAGAUCACCAAAACAGCUCUUCAAGAUGUGCAAAACCAGGUGAAGAUAUUGUCUUUAGCCUCCGAUACCGUCCGAUCCGAGAAGCCACUUAGGUCUGCAGAUUGGUUCUCCCGCGAUGAUGAUCCAGGCAUGACUGCCCUGUAUGUGGAACGCUAUCUGAAUUACGGAUACACCAGAGAGGAACUAUGCUCUGGCAAACCAAUCAUUGGCAUUGCCCAGUCAGGCUCAGACCUUGCCCCAUGUAAUCGACACCACAUCGAGCUUGCGAAGCGAGUGAGGGAAGGGAUUCGAACGGCAGGAGGCAUCGCCUUUGAAUUUCCAACCCAUCCUAUUCAAGAGACUGGGAGACGUCCAACGGCAGCACUCGACAGAAAUCUUGCGGCUAUGGCAUUAGCAGAGAUAUUGAGCGGUUACCCGUUGGAUGGCGUUGUCCUUCUUACUGGCUGCGACAAGACGACACCGGCCUUCCUUAUGGCAGCUGCCCAAGUGAACAUACCCGCUAUCUGUCUCAAUGUCGGGCCCAUGCUUAAUGGUUGGUCCAAUGGUUCUCGAAUUGGGUCCGGAAGUGUGAUCUGGCAUGCACGCGAGCUUCGCGCCGCUGGCAAUAUUGACGACAAUCAAUUUAUUGACAUGGUUGCGAGCGGCACACCCUCUCCCGGCCACUGCAAUACUAUGGGAACAGCUUUGACGAUGAACACACUUACCGAGGCAUUAGGUAUGGCCCUUCCUGGCUCAGCUGCCAUACCGGCCCCUUAUCGUCAGCGUUCGCAUGCAGCUUACGAAACCGGACUCCGUAUCGUCGAGAUGGUGCGCCAAGACAUUCGCCCACGAGACAUUAUGACGCGCCAGUCGUUCGAGAAUGCAAUCGUAGUAAACAGUGCGAUUGGCGGAAGCACAAAUGCACCAGUUCAUUUGAUUGCUAUCGCGGCUCAUCUGUCUAUUGAUCUAAACCUGGACGACUGGGACCGUUAUGGGUACCAGGUUCCUCUUCUUGUCAACAUGCAGCCGGCUGGCGAGAUGCUAAGUGAGGAGUAUUAUCAUGCCGGAGGCCUGCCAGCUGUGCUCGCCGAACUUAUCGAGGCGAACAAGCUACCACAUCCUGAUAUAAUGACCGUGAACGGAAAGACCAUCGGACAGAACGCAGAGGGCAAGAUAACCUGGGAUCGGCGAACUAUCAAACCUUUCUCAGAUCCGGUCAAACCGAAUGCAGGCUUCGUGCACCUGAGAGGCAACUUAUUCGACUCGGCUAUCAUGAAGAUGUCAGUGGUCUCAGAGGAGUUCCGCCGUGAGUUCCUCGAGGAUCCGGAGGACCCAAACGCUUUCGAAUGUCAGGUUGCUGUAUUUGACGGACCGGAAGACUACAAGAGACGAAUCGACUCAGCUGCCAUUGAUCGGAAGACAAUAUUAAUCAUGCGCGGCGUCGGUCCGCUGGGUUAUCCUGGUGCUGCGGAAGUCGUCAACAUGCACCCUCCGGGACGACUUUUGAAGCAGGGAAUCAAGGCCUUGCCGUGUAUUGGCGAUGGACGACAGUCCGGGACGUCAGGUUCGCCUUCUAUUCUCAAUGCGAGUCCUGAGGCUGCUGCUGGCGGUAAGCUCGCCUUGGUCCGGGACGGAGAUGUAGUGCGGGUAGAUUUGGACAAGCGGCGCGUUGAUCUUCUCGUUACCGACGAUGAGAUCGAGGCUCGUAAGAAACAUCUGGACGCGAGCGGAGGCUAUCACGGUCCGCCUAGCCAAACUUAUUGGCAAGACCUUCAUCGCCGCGAGGUAUCACAGCUGGAUGAAGGCAUGAUUAUGAAGCGCUCGAUACAGUUUCAGAACAUCUCCGAGGCCGAUCAAUUACCCCGCGACAACCAUUAGAGGCCAUCAUGGUUAUGCCUACAAGGCUAUGGAGGUACACAAAUUUGGCGUUAUUGGAUUGGUUCCAUAGACGAUAGAGUCAUAGACGAUAGAACUGAAGACAAAAGAGUGUAAAGGACAAAGCACAGCCUAAAGGCUAGAGUAUACAAUGGCCAGACUUUACGAGGAUGAGAGCUAUAGGUAUAAUGUUGAAUGGUCUAAUUAUUUCGUUG